AACAAAAAAUCAGCUAUUUACUGUAAGCUCAAUGGUUUCAUUGUUGGUCAAUAACUAAAAACUAGUUCGAUUAAACUGGCUGUGGGUCGAUUUUUCUCAGCUCUAGCAUAUUUUGUAUAAAAACUGCGCGAUGAUCAUCGGUAUCAGCCGAGAUAAAGCUUUUGAAAGCCCCGAUUAGAUGUGGAUCGUACCUGCGGUGCUUGAUACCUUUAACUGUCUGAUAAGUCGUCGAUGGACUUUUGUUAGGAUUGCAGCGUUUGUAAUCAACUUUAGUUACUUGGGUUAUAGUAACGAAAAUACGUUCAAAGAAUUACUAAUUAGUUGGAAUCUAUUGCUUAGAAUUCUACAGGUGGUCAUGACGGAAUCCAAACCGAAUUCCUGGUGUGGACGCCAAGACAAGCUACGCGAGUUUGCCAAGCAUCAGCCCAUCAUAUGCUAUGACAAGCCGCCCUCCGCUCUUGUUUCUAAAGAAGAAUACGAUAAUAAGCGCUAUGAAGCGUUGACUGGCGAGCUCGUGGAGGCAUUGGUGGUGCCCAAGCGGGAGGCGCGCACCUGGACCAUGCAGACAGGUGAUCUGUGCCGCAUAACAGUGCACGAGGGCCCUCAGGUGGGGGAUGUCAAUUUCUGGAACUUGGACAAUUGCCAAGAACGUUUCUAUUCGGGAAAAACGCGCCAGCUGCACGCAGCCCAUCUGAAGGUGUACGACAGAUUGUGGAGCUGCCUGCCCUACCUGCGCCCAAUGGCCACCUUCGUGUUCGACACCCUUGCCCAAUAUGGCAUCGAUGAGGAUGGCGGCGCACUGCAUGAUGUUAUCGGCACUCGAUGUGACGACUACACCUACAAGCUGAUCACCGGGCAAGAGCGUGUGGGCAGCUGUCACAGCUCCCUCGUCAAAGCUGUGGUGGAGGAGCGCGGCAUGACCGAGCAAGAUGUGCACGAUGUAUGGAAUAUUUUCAUGUGCACUGGCUUCACCAGAGACACCGAACAGUAUUUCUGCAAGCCCAGCCCCGCCCAGAAGGGCGAUUUCAUUGAGUUUGUUGCCGACAUGAAUCUGUUGGUGGCCCUAAGUGCCUGUCCCCAAGGUGAUGUCUCCAUCCCAGUGGGUAUACAAGUGCCUGACGAGAAAUGUCAUCCAUUGAAAGUUGAGGUAUUUCGCAAAAAGUGAUUGGAAACUAAUGAAAAUCGUUAUAUUGCAUUGGAAAUGUAAUUGAAUAAAAAAAAAUCAAAUAUUA